AGGCCGUGUGGGCUGGGGAGGUAGCAAGGCAGCGGCGGCGCCCCAGAGCCCAGGGGACGCGCGGGCCUCACGCCGCGGGAGCCGACGGCUGCGGAGCCGACCUGGGGCUCGCAGCCCGAGGCAGGAGAGCGCGGCCUGCCGACCGCCCGCCCAACAGGCCGCCGGCUGCGUCCCUCGCCCGUGGUGGCCGCCGCCCCUGGAGGCUCGUCGUGCCGCGGGCCUAAGCCCCGGCUGCUGCGGGCGUCCAGACCGUCAGGACAGCCGGACCCGUCGGGCAGGGCCGGGUGGGGAAGGGCGUCAGGCAGGUGCCGCCCCCUGAGGGCCGGCCUGGGGCGAGGCGCCCACCGCGCAGCCCGCGGGCCGGGCUCGGCGGAGCGGCUGCCCACGCUGCCCCCCCUACCCCGCGGCCCGGAGCCCAGGUCGCGCCCCGCCUUCCCCGAGGACGCCGGGCCGGAACGGCGGGAGCCCGGAGAGCCCGUGCCCGCCGCCGCCCUGCGGGCCCGCGCAGCAGACGAGGGAGGAGAAACUUUGCCUUUUAUUGUUGUUUUCAGUCCUUAAGUGCAAGGAACUCUGUUGGGAGGAAAAAUGUCCUUCUUCAAUUUCCGUAAGAUCUUCAAGUUGGGGAGCGAGAAGAAGAAGAAGCAGUAUGAACAUGUGAAGAGGGACCUGAACCCCGAGGAGUUUUGGGAAAUUAUAGGAGAAUUGGGCGACGGAGCCUUUGGGAAAGUGUACAAGGCCCAGAAUAAGGAGACCAAUGUUUUAGCUGCUGCAAAGGUGAUCGACACAAAAUCUGAAGAAGAACUUGAAGAUUACAUGGUCGAGAUUGAUAUAUUAGCAUCUUGUGAUCACCCAAAUAUAGUCAAACUUCUGGAUGCCUUCUAUUAUGAGAACAAUCUUUGGAUCCUUAUUGAAUUCUGUGCUGGCGGAGCUGUGGAUGCUGUAAUGCUUGAACUAGAGAGACCAUUAACUGAGUCCCAAAUACAAGUAGUUUGUAAACAGACUUUAGAAGCUUUGAACUACUUACAUGAUAAUAAAAUCAUCCACAGAGAUCUAAAAGCUGGAAACAUUCUUUUUACCUUAGAUGGAGAUAUUAAGUUGGCGGAUUUUGGAGUCUCAGCUAAAAACACAAGGACAAUUCAAAGGAGAGAUUCCUUUAUUGGUACACCAUAUUGGAUGGCUCCUGAAGUAGUCAUGUGUGAAACAUCUAAAGACAGACCCUAUGACUACAAAGCUGAUGUUUGGUCCCUGGGUAUCACUUUAAUAGAAAUGGCUGAGAUAGAACCACCUCAUCAUGAAUUAAAUCCAAUGCGAGUGCUGCUAAAAAUAGCGAAAUCUGAGCCCCCUACAUUAGCACAACCAUCAAAAUGGUCUUUGCAUUUUAAGGACUUUCUAAAGAAAUGUUUAGAAAAGAAUGUGGAUUCCAGGUGGAAUACAUCCCAGCUACUGCAGCAUCCCUUUGUUACUGUUGAUACCAACAAACCAAUCCGAGAGCUGAUUGCUGAGGCAAAGGCUGAAGUAACAGAAGAAGUUGAAGAUGGCAAAGAGGAAGAUGAUGAUGAGGAAACAGAAAAUUCUCUGCCAAUUCCUGCAAGUAAGCGUGCUUCCUCUGACCUUAGUAUUGCCAGCUCUGAAGAAGAUAAACUUUCUCAAAAUGCUUGCAUUUUGGAAUCUGUCUCAGAAAAAAUAGAACGUAAUACUUCUGAAGAUAAAUUUAAUAGCAAAGUUGUUAAUGAAAAACCCACUGCUGAUGAACCUGAAAAGGCUGUGGAGGAUAUUAAUGAACAUGAUACUGACCUAGAAACUGUGGGUGAGCUCCGUAAUAGAACGACAGUAAUCAAGGAAAAUGGAAGGGAGGAGAAGAGACUCAAGCUUGAAAAUCUGCAUGACACAGAAGACCAAGAAACAGUGGACAUUGAUUUAGUAAGUGAAGGAAAAGAGGAUAAUAUAAUAACUUUAGAAACAAAUAUUAAACAGAAUCUGAAACCUGAUGAAGAAAGGGAUCGGAAAAAGCAACAGAUAUUUGAAAAGGUAAUAAAAUCUGAAGAAAUUAAAGAUACUGCUAUUGAAACAAUGGAUUUAGUUUCUCAAGAGACUGGAGAAAAAGAGGCAGAUAUUCAGGCAAUUGAAAAUAAAGAUGACCUUACAAAGGAAGAGGCACAAGAGAAAUUGGAUAAAGAUGACAAAGCUCAAAAAGAUAUGAUCAGAGAUACGACCAGUGUGAUGGGGACAGAUGAGGCAGUAGAUGUUGCUCAGAAGGUAGUUGAAAAUGCUCAAAGCAAUGAUGAUAAAGAAGCUGUUGAAGUAGAUCAGAAAUUAGAAAGUAAGCCUGUGGUGGGUCCUGAGGAUGGUGGAACUGAGAAAGUUCCUGUUAAAGAAAUGGUUGAAACUGCUGACAUAGAUCAAAAAUCUGUAGAAGGUAAAGGUGAGGAACUAUUAGUCAACAGUUCAGAGAACAUAGUGGAGACCAGUGAGGAACCCCAAACAAAUGAAGUUGAGGAACUUACUGAGUCAAGUAGCACUGAAGAAAUAGAGGUCAGACGUGCAGUGAUUCAUACUGACCAAAAGGAUUUGGGAAGUGAAACUCAGGAUGCUCAGAAAGCCGGUACUCAGAUCGAUCCAGAGCCAGAAGAAAUUUCGGGUGAAGUGCCAAUUAAAACAGAACCUCAAGUUACUGCCGCUUCACAGCCCACUGAACCUCAGCCUGUUCCAAUACCCAGUAUUAAUAUCAACUCUGAAGAUGCAGAAAAUAAAGGGGAAAUAGGUGCUUUAUCAAAAACUGAAACCAUGUUGCUUCCAGAAUCUCAGAAUCAAAAGGAAAAUGAUGCUGAUUCAGGCACUGGCUCCACUGCUGAUAAUAGCAGCAUUGACUUGAAUUUAUCCAUCUCUAGCUUCUUAAGCAAAACUAAAGACAGUGGAUCAAUAUCUUUACAAGAAACAAGAAGACAAAAGAAAACAUUGAAGAAAACACGCAAAUUUGUUGUUGAUGGUGUAGAAGUGAGUGUAACAACAUCAAAGAUAGUUACAGAUAGUGAUUCCAAAACUGAAGAACUGAGAUUUCUUAGACGUCAGGAACUUCGGGAAUUAAGAUUUCUUCAAAAAGAAGAGCAAAGAGCCCAACAACAGCUUAAUAGCAAACUGCAACAACAACGAGAACAAAUUUUCCGGCGCUUUGAGCAAGAAAUGAUGAGCAAAAAGCGACAAUAUGAUCAAGAAAUUGAGAAUCUAGAAAAACAGCAGAAACAGACUAUUGAACGUCUAGAACAAGAACACACAAAUCGCUUGCGAGAUGAAGCAAAACGCAUUAAAGGGGAACAGGAGAAAGAGUUGUCCAAAUUUCAGAAUAUGUUAAAGAAUCGAAAGAAGGAGGUUAUAAAUGAAGUGGAGAAAGCACCCAAAGAGUUGAGGAAAGAGCUCAUGAAACGCAGGAAAGAGGAGCUUGCACAAAGCCAGCAUGCUCAGGAACAAGAGUUUGUUCAGAAGCAGCAACAGGAGUUAGAUGGCUCUCUGAAAAAGAUCAUCCAACAGCAGAAAGCAGAGUUAGCCAAUAUUGAAAGAGAAUGCCUGAAUAACAAACAACAGCUCAUGAGAGCACGAGAAGCUGCAAUUUGGGAGCUUGAAGAACGACACUUACAAGAAAAACACCAGCUGCUAAAACAGCAACUUAAAGAUCAGUAUUUCAUGCAAAGACAUCAGCUACUUAAGCGCCAUGAGAAGGAAACAGAACAAAUGCAGCGGUACAAUCAACGACUUAUUGAGGAAUUGAAAAACAGACAGACUCAAGAAAGAGCAAGACUGCCUAAGAUUCAGCGCAGUGAAGCCAAGACUCGAAUGGCCAUGUUUAAGAAAAGUUUGAGAAUUAACUCAACAGCCACACCAGAUCAGGAUCGUGACAAAAUUAAACAAUUUGCAGCUCAAGAAGAAAAGAGGCAGAAAAAUGAGAGAAUGGCUCAGCAUCAAAAACAUGAAAAUCAAAUGCGGGAUCUUCAGUUGCAGUGUGAAGUCAAUGUCCGAGAACUGCAUCAGCUGCAGAAUGAAAAAUGCCAUCUAUUGGUUGAGCAUGAGACUCAGAAACUAAAGGAGUUAGAUGAGGAACACAGCCAAGAAUUAAAGGAAUGGAGAGAGAAAUUGAGACCUAGGAAAAAGACACUGGAAGAAGAGUUUGCCAGGAAACUGCAGGAGCAGGAAGUAUUCUUUAAAAUGACCGGGGAGUCUGAAUGCCUUAACCCAUCAACACAGAGCCGGAUUUCCAAAUUCUAUCCUAUUCCUAGCUUGCAUUCCACUGGAUCGUAACAAAGGGGAGCAUUCUGGUGUUGGGUUUGGCUUUUUAAAUAUGUCUGUCUGUUCUCUUCAUCUGCCACAGUCUAUGUAAGAGAGCUCUCAAAGACAAUCACCUGCCUCACCUUCUAGGUGUAUUUGUUUAGCAAAGAUGAAGGGAGACAAAGUAAGAGAUGCUGGGCUAUGUGGACAGAGUAGCAUCUUGUAGUAAUUCCCUAAGGUGAUUUUGUAUAUUAGUCUUAAGAUUGGUGUUCUUUACACACUGUUACCUGAAAAACUGUUAAGAGAUAAAAUGUUUAAAGUUAUUUAAAAGAACACUGUUAUGUUACUGUCAGUAAAUAUCUUUUUACCUGAUUUCUCAAUGAUGCGCAAAUUCUAUAGUGAAACUCUGCUGUGGAGAUUUGGAAUCAAUUCUCAUGGAAAAGUUAUGAGUUGCGCAAAAUAUAUUGAUGCAGUAAAUAAAUCUGUUUGAUCUUUAAAUAGUAACAAACUUUUAAAAGAGAAAAAUUAUUUCAAUACUCUUUCUAAAAUAAUUACCUAAGUAUGAGAUAAAAUAAGGGUGCUAGUAUUAUUAAAAUAGUUCUUAAAAACACUAAAUUUCAAUUGAGUCCAAAAUAUAGAUUUUCUUUUUUGAUUCAAGGGACAAAACAUCCUUAGCAUUAAAUAUUAUUGUUUUUAAAUCUUAUUCCAAUUAGCAUUUGGUAGAAAUUUUCAUCUUAAAAUACAUAGUUUACAAAGUUGGAGAGAUGAAAAAAAAAGGUAGCUUUUUAGAUGUCCAAAUUGGAAAAGUAAAACUCACCAAAUUAAAAGAAAUACAGAUUUAGCCAUCCCAGCCUAUUUCCUAAAAUAAUACCUGAGUUGAUUAAAUGACUUCUCGCAUCUUCGCAAAUUCUGUUUAAAACUGUGUCAGAGGGCUACAGGCUCUGAGUUAUAUAUAUAAGUGUAUUUUCUGAAAUUAACCUUAAAUGAAGCAUUUUUUCACAAUAUUUUUUUAAAAAGAAUCUAAAUAUUUAGGCAAAUGUCAGACUUGUUAUUUUGAAAUAAAGUCAUUUGUAUUUUGGUUUUAAUUUGUUCCAUGUUUAAAUUAUUUACUUUGAUUUGGAUGGGAAAAGCCUGAAAACUUUACCAUGUGGUUGCUGAUAUGUGUAAUUAUUAACGAAAUGUUCACUUCUAGUCCCUCUCGAGGCUUAGAAUUUCAAGCACGUGUCAGGUCAAACAGUAUUAUGAACUGUACUUUUCUGUGUGAGACAGUACAGUGUAAAUAAUGCUUGUGUCUGCUGUUUAUAUCCUAUUCUCUUUUGAGAGUGCUGGGUACCAAACUGUAGAAGUUUCAGUUUUUAGUUGUAUUACAUUUGAGGCUGGUGAAAAAUUUUAAUGUAACUUUGUGGGAACACUGAUUCAUUUUAAGAAAAUGUAAAUAUCUGUAGCACUUUCUUGUAGUUAAUUUGAAAACUUCAAAUGCUGAACCUUAUUUUGUCAGUGGUUUAGAUGAUUUAAAAAUGCAUGAGUGUUUUCAAUUUUGUAAUUGUUUUGACACGCAUAAUUUACUUAGACAUCUUUGUAGGUAGCCUUCACUUCCGGCCAGGUUUGUUUUUUAUAUAAAUAUAUAUACAUACAUACAUAUAUAUAUAAAAAAAUAUAAUGUAUGGUUGUAAAUUCAUACACUUAUCACAUGAAUGUGUUACUGUAUACAAAACUUUUAAUGCUUUAUUCUGAAAUGCUGGGUUGAAAAAUGUUUUGAAAGCCUUUUAAAAUAUAUAUAUCUUUAUAAAGUAAUAUUCAGGAAUGAUUGAAAUUGUUUAUAUUGUUAUGAUAAAUAUGACAGUGUAAUAUUACCCGUAUAUUUAAUUACUUAUUUGAAGAGGGAGAGGAGAAAGGUUGCAUACCACUUUCACCUUAGAUUUUCAGUUUAUUGGCUUUUUGAAAUUAGUACUUUGGGCAGUGGACAUUUUUUCAGUAUCCUUUAAAUAAUAUCUGUAUGCUAAAUAAUUUGUGGCACAUAAUUGAUUUGAUCUGAAUAUUUGGUUCUUUUAAUUCCCUUCAGUUUGACAUUCAGAGUAUUGGAUAAAGGGAAGAAGCUCAGAGUAGAACAGUUGACACUUUGGUAAGUUUAUUAGCAACUCUCACAUCUCCUUUAAAAUUGCUCUUUGUAUUCAGUGUUAAUGCUUGAGUUCUCUUCCAAUGACCAUAGUCAUGAGGGUACAGGACUACAAAAUGAUACAUAUGUAGAGGUGAAGCUUUAGUUUUAAUACUCACAGUUACAGAAAUCUUUUAAAAAGUGUUAUGUUAUAGACUAUGCCGUUAUGUCAUAGAACAUGCCAUCCAGAAUAUGUUAUUGUACCCAUCCCAGCCUACUACUUGUUAGGUCCUAUAUUCAAAUAGUAAUAGUGCUCUUUCUGUCUUGCAUGAAGUGUAAGUAAGAGUAGGGGAGGGGCACAGGCUUCUUUGAAAUCAAAGACUACAGUCAAACCCAUUCCUGAUUUGGUGGUUUUGUUGCUGUGGCAGAAUGUGCUGUGAAAUGCAUAAAAGAAAUUCUCCAUAUGUGCCCCCUAAUUAUUCUGCCUCCCCUCUUCUCCCUGCGUCCUGUGAAUACACCAGACUGCCACACUUCUGCAGGUCUAGUUCAUAGAGCUGGUUGCACCAGGUUGCCUUUCCUAGUCCUGUCAAUCCAUAGUUGGGUGUGAAUUGCUGAAUUAGCUGCUAUUCUAAAUUAUAGCCACAGUUAAGCUUUUUCUUACCCUCUCAAAGGGACAUCUAUAGGGUGGGUAAGGAGGAAAUUUAGAGUGCUUAUACUUUGCUGAAACUAUUAGAACUUACCUAUGACAGGAUACAGCAAAUUGUAAUUAAAUAUAAACUAGAACCAGAGCUACCUCUUAAGUAGUGUUUCCUCAAGCACAAAGCCCUCAGGCAUAUGAGGCCCACCCUAAUGGAGGGUCUCUGAUUUCUUGAGCAUCAGCGAGUUUCAGAAGUAACUGUCUUUUGUACUCUUCUAGUUCCCUUGUAACUACACACUUUCCCCAUUCCACACUGUGCUUAAAUGACAAAGACUCUUCUGAGAAGCCAAAUUCUGUUAAAUGAUUAGCUAGAGAUAUUGUUGAUUAAAGGAAAGCCUAGAACCAAGGUGGAAGAAGAGAGUUAUUUAGUUCCAGUUCUAAUAGUCUUUGGAUUAAAUAAAUCAUUCUUUUCUGGGAAAUGGGAUAUUUUAAAUGCUUUUCUUAAGUUGAAGUCACUACAGUUAAUGCCUUUAUUGUUAUUGUUAUUCUGUGGCUGACAUGGUUUUGAUACAGCUUUAAAAUUUCUGCUAAGCUUGGGAUAGAAUAUUUUUACCAGUUUUAAAUGUUGGCAGCAGCUUUUCGUGAUCCUUCUCUUGAUUUGCAGCAUAAUAACUUCACAAACCAAAUUUUCAGAAAGAAUUUUCUUUUAGAUUAUGCCUCUUGUCUUUGGGAGCAACAUGUCUUUUCAAUCAUGGGAUUGAUAAACAAAAAAUAAAGUUAUUUCUUAAUCUAC